UCCGGAUGUAACUGGCUGCGAAAUAGCGCGCGCUGCAGGCUGGACCGCGCGUGUGAUGCGCCGCUUCCAUGGACACAUACGACAGCAUUUGGGGAGGUGGUCUCGAGAGAAAACGCCGCGAUAUCAGCGCAUGGUGCAGGUCGCCAUGACGAUGCCACAUCAAUCAUUUAGCACCGACGCCAUGAAAAAGGAUUUGGGGUAUCGGCCGCCGAUCCAUCGCCUCCUCUAUUCAAGCAACAGCACUAUCGAGGAAGUGUUUGACGUGCUGGCGUCGCGCGUGUCGCCAUACGACUCCAAGGGCUCGGACGCGUUCUUCUACAAAUGUCUGCAGCACGAUUCUCUGUCCCCAACGUUCGUGCAUGCAGUCAUGGCGUACUUCAACAACUUUCUACGUGACGACCCAGCAGGACCAAGUGACGGUACCAUGGCGUCUGUCAUGUCACUCAUGAUUAAGCAUGGGCAUAUCCAACACGCAGAAGACGCGCUGCGCAUCCGCGAGUCGCGAUUUCCACAGUCCCCCCCGCAUUUUCGAGUCCACGCGCCCUUCCUCGAGCACUACAUUGACGUUGGCGACAUGGGUGCGGCAUGGACGCGGUGGGAGUCUGUCAAGUCUGCGUCGUCGAUAUAUUUGUCGCCAGACACUGUUGGCCCCAUUCUGGCAUCGUUUGCACUGGCAGCACUGAAGCACGGCCACGAAGGACUUGUUCGCAGCAUCAUGGACGACCUUCACGUGCUGCGGUAUCAGUUUUCACGCGCGGAAGCGGCCGUUUGGGAAGCUUCGUUCGAACCUCGCCUGCUCGACGCGGGUCAUGACACGAAUUCGUCGGCAACGGGCACCACGGACGACUGGAGGGUUUCCCGGCUUGCCUUGACCGAACCCGUGUGCACCCAUUGUGGGACCUCCUUGGAAAAGCUCAAGGUGCGUCCAUCCGAAACGGCGCAGUUGCUCCAAGCAGUCCGCGCGUUAUGCACCGCGCCAUCGAAACAUCGUUCGACUGCCAUACCGACCAAGACGAGCAUGUUGAAAGAACGCGCUUUGGCGGAGUUUGAAGCAUGGCUGGCGCGGCGGCAUGCGCAGGUUCCGCCUGGCAAGAUGCACUUCAUCGUGGACGGCCCGAAUGUGGCGUACUUGAACCAGAACUUUGAAGGCGGCGCGUUUCGAUUUGAUUACGUGGACCGAGUCAUCGCCGAGCUCGAGGCCGACGGCCACGUCGUGUCAGUCACGAUGCCGUCCAUCUACUUCAACGAGGUGUCGCUGCUUAGCGUCAAGGCAUCGACUGCGUCCCGACGACUGCAGAAGGAAGGAAAAAAGGUCCAUCGCACCCGCACGAACGCAGACAAGGCGUUUUUGGACAAGUGGGAAGCCCGCGACCAGGCGUUCAAGUGCCGGCGCGAGGUUGCACCGGACGAUUUGUUUUGGCUGUAUGGAAGCCUGCACUUGGCGUCGUCGUUGCAGAACGUGCGAGUCGUCACCAACGACUUCAUGCGAGACCACAUCGUGGUGCUCGCCGACCAAUUCCACAUCUCGCGAGACCUCAUCGACAGGUGGCGCGAUUCCACGAUUGUCGGUGUCCGCGUCCUCGAUCGAACGCUCAAGCCCGACGGCGUCACGUCAACAUCGAACUCGGCAACAAGCGCCCUGCAAGUUGAAAUCGUCGAAUCGCUGCCGUACUCGUUGGUCGUGCAAGGACAUGGCGACUCGAUUUACCACAUUCCUCUUGCCAGAAGCAUUGGUGCGAACGACCCUCCCGAGUGGCUUUGUCUUUCCCGCGGCACCCGCCGCUGA